UUGGACUCGUACCUGCGGGUCGCUUGUGUGCAGCAGGUGGGUUGGUCACUUCUAUGCAAAUUAAUAGAAGUCUGUCCAGAUACAAUGCAAAGCUUAACGGGACCCCAAGGUAUUGGACAGGAUUGGGAAGUCCUUGGUGUUCACCAGCUGAUUAUUAAAAUGCUCACAUUUCAUAAUGCCAGUGUAAAUCUGUCAGUGGUUGGACUGAAGGCCUUAGAUCUCCUUCUAACUUCGGGUAAAAUCACCUUGCUGAUAUUGGAUGAAGAAAGCGAUAUUUUCUUACUAAUUUUCGAUGCCAUGAGAGCGUUUUCAGCCAAUGACGAGGUCCAGAAACUUGGAUGCAAAGCUUUACAUGUGCUGUUUGAGAGAGUUUCAGAGGAGCAACUGACUGAAUUUGUCGAGAAUAAAGAUUAUAUGAUAUUGCUAAGUGCAUUAAAAAACUUUAAAGAUGAGGAGGAGAUUGUGCUUUACGUACUGCGCUGUUUACAUUCCCUAGCAAUUCCUUGCAGUAAUGUCGAAGUCCUCAUGAGCGGCAACGUCAGGUGUUACAACAUUGUGGUGGAAGCCAUGAGAGCAUUCCCUGUUAAUGAGAAGAUUCAGGAAGUGAGCUGCUGCUUGCUCCAUAGGCUCACCUUAGGUAACUUCUUUAAUAUCCUGGUGCUGAACGAGGUGCACGAGUUUGUGGUGAGCGCCGUGCGGCGGUAUCCAGAGAACGCGGCCCUGCAGAUCGCCGCGCUCAGCUGCCUGGCGCUGCUCACUGAGACCAUUUUCUUAAAUCAAGACUUAGAGGAAAAGUCCGGGAAUCAGAAUGAGGAGGAAGAAGAGAAGUUGUUUUGGCUGGAAGCCUGUUACAAAGGCUUGACGUGGCACAGAAAGAACAAGCAUGUGCAGGAGGCUGCAUGCUGGGCCCUAAACAAUCUCCUUAUGUACCAGAACAGUUUGCAUGAGAAGAUUGGAGAUGAAGAUGGCCAGUUCCCAGCCCACAGGGAGGUCAUGCUGUCCAUGCUGAUGCAUUCUUCAUCAAAGGAAGUCUUUCGGGCAUCUGCAAAUGCUCUGUCGACUCUCUUAGAACAAAACGUUAAUUUCAGAAAAAUCCUGUUGUCAAAAGGCCUCUACCUGAACGUGCUGGAGUUAAUGCAGAAGCACCUACACUCUCCUGAGGUGGCUGAAAGUGGCUGCAAAAUGCUGAAUCAUCUUUUCGAAGGAAGUAACACUUCCCUGGAUAUAAUGGCAGCAGUGGCCCCCAAAAUAAUAACAGUUAUGAGAAGUCAUGAGACGUCAUCAUCAGUGCAACUGGAGGCACUUCGAGCUAUUUUACAUUUUAUGGUUCCAGGCAUGCCAGAAGAAUUCACAGAAGAUACUGAAUAUCAGCACAAGCUACAUAUGGUUACAAAACAGUGUUUCAGGAAUGAUAUUCACAAACUGGUCCUAGCGUCUUUGAAGAGGUUCAUUGGAAAUCCUGGGAUUCAGAAAUGUGGAUUGAAAGUAAUAUCUUCUAUAGCACAUUUUUCUGAUGAAUUAGCUGUGCUAUCUCUGGAAGUUGCGAUUGAAACCGUGCUUCAAACACUGCAGAUGUAUCCGGAUGACCAAGAAAUUCAGUGUCUGGGUUUAAGUCUUAUAGGAUGCUUGAUUACAAAGAAGAAUUUGUUCCUAGGAACUGGGCACCUGCUGGCAAAGAUUCUGGUUUCCAGCUUACAACGAUUUAAGGAUAUUGCUGAAUUACAGACUAAAGGAUUUCAGAUAGUCUUGACCAUGCUGGAGUUGUCAGGGGCCUUUUCCAAGCUGCUGGUGCACCAUUCCUUUGAGACCGUAAUAUUUCAUCAGAUGUCUUCCAGCCUCUUGGAACAAAAGGACCAACAGUUUCUAAACCUUUGUUGCAAGUGCUUUGCAAAAUUAGCUAUGGAUGAUAAAUUAAAAAGUGUGAUGCUCGAGAGGGCCUGUGAUCAGAACAACAGCAUCAUGGUCGAAUGCCUGCUUCUGCUGGGAGCCGAUGUCAAUCAAACAAAGGAGGGAGCCCCUUUAAUUUGUCAGGUAUGUGAAAAAGCGAGCAGUCCCAAACUGGUGGAACUGUUACUGAACGGUGGGUCCCGUGAACAAGACGUGCGGAGAGCGCUGACCAUAAGCAUCGCGAAAGGCGACAGCCAGACCAUCAGCCUGCUCUUAAGGAGGCUUGCCCUGGACCUGGCCAAUAACAGCAUAUGCCUGGGAGGAUUUUGUAUUGGAAAAAUCGAACCUUCUUGGCUUGGUCCUUUAUUUCCAGAUAAGACAUGCAAUUUAAGAAAAGAAACAAACAUCGGAUCCACCCUAGCAAGAAUGGUCCUCAGAUACCAGAUGAAGAGUGCUGCGGAAGAGGGAGCCGCCUCAGGCAGCGAUGGGAGUUUUUCUGAACAACUACUUGAUAAAUUUGCCGAAUGGACCUUCAUCCCCGAGUCCUACAUGGACAGUGUGUUUGGUCAAAGUGAUGACCUAGAUAGCGAAGGAAGUGAAGGUUCAUUUCUUGUGAAAAAGAAGUCCAAUUCAAUUAGCGUAGGAGAAUUUUACCGAGACCCUGCCUUGCAACGUUGCUCGCCAAAUUUGCAAAGGCAUUCCGCUUCGUUGGGACCCAAUUUUGAUCAUGAAGAUUUACUGAAGCAAAAAAGAAAAAUACUGUCUUCAGAUGAUUCCCUCAGGUCCUCAAGACUCGCGUCCCACAUGAGGCAGUCUGACAGCACGUCCUCCCUGGCUGCCGAGCGGGAGUGCAUCACGUCCUUAGACCUCUCGGCCAACGAGCUGAGGGACGUGGAUGCCCUGAGCCAGCGGUGCUGCGUCAGCGGCCACCUGGAGCACCUCGAGAGGCUGGAGCUGCACCAGAACGCGCUCACGGCCUUCCCGCAGCGCCUCUGUGAAACGCUGAAGUGUCUGACACACUUGGACUUGCACAGUAACAAGUUCACGUCCUUCCCCUCAUACUUGUUGAAAAUGAAUUGCAUCGCCAACCUUGAUGUCUCUCGAAAUGAAAUCGGACCCUCGGUCGUUUUGGAUCCUGCAGUGAAGUGUCCCACCUUGAAACAGUUCAACCUGUCAUAUAACCAGCUGUGUUCUGUUCCCGAGAACCUGGGGGAUGUGGCAGAGAAACUGGAGCAGCUCACUUUAGAAGGAAAUAAAAUAUCAGGAAUGUGUCCCCCUCUGAGCCUGAAGGAACUGAAGAUUUUAAACCUCAGUAAAAACCACAUUUCAUCCCUGUCAGAGGACUUUCUUGAGGCUUGUCCUAAAGUGGAGAGUUUCAGCGCCAGGAUGAAUUUUCUUGCUGCUAUGCCUUUUUUACCUUCCUCUAUGACAAGUAUAAAAUUAUCUCAAAACAGAUUUACAUGUGUUCCAGAAGCAAUUUUAAAGCUUCCACACUUGCGAUCCUUAGACAUGAGCAGCAAUGAUAUUAAAUACCUGCCCAGUCCUGCGCACUGGAAAUCUUUGAACUUAAGGGAACUCUUGUUCAGUCAUAAUCAGAUCAGCGUCUUGGACUUGAGUGAAAAAGCACAUGUAUGGUCUAGAGUAGAGAAACUACAUCUUUCUCACAAUAAACUGAAAGAGAUUCCUCCUGAGAUUGGCUGUCUUGAAAACCUGACAUCUCUUGAUGUUAGUUACAACUUCGAACUGAGAUCCUUUCCCAAUGAAAUGGGGAAAUUGAGCAAAAUAUGGGAUCUUCCUUUGGAUGAACUGCGCCUUAAUUUUGAUUUUAAACAUAUAGGAUGUAAAGCCAAAGACAUCAUAAGGUUUCUUCAACAGCGGUUAAAAAAGGCUGUGCCCUAUAACCGAAUGAAACUUAUGAUUGUGGGAAAUACUGGGAGUGGUAAAACCACCUUAUUGCAGCAAUUAAUGAAAACCAAGAAAUCAGAUCUUGGGAUGCAGAGUGCUACAGUUGGCAUAGAUGUGAAAGACUGGCCUAUCCAAAUAAGAGGCAAAAAGAAAAAAGACCUCAUUCUAAAUGUUUGGGAUUUUGCAGGUCGUGAGGAAUUCUACAGCACCCAUCCCCACUUCAUGACCCCGCGGUCACUGUACCUCGCUGUCUAUGACCUCAGCAAAGGACAAGCUGAAGUUGACGCCAUGAAGCCUUGGCUGUUCAAUAUAAAGGCCCGCGCCUCCUCCUCCCCGGUGAUCCUGGUGGGCACGCACCUGGAUGUGUCCGACGAGCGGCAGCGCAAAGCCUGCGUCGGGAAGAUCAACAAGGAGCUGCUGAACAAGCGGGGCUUCCCCGCCAUCCGGGACUGCCACUUCGUGAACGCCACCGAGGAGUCCGAUGCUCUGGCCAAGCUCCGGAAAACCAUCAUCAACGAGAGCCUGAAUUUCAAGAUCCGAGAUCAGCCUGUUGUCGGGCAGCUGAUUCCAGACUGCUACGUAGAACUCGAGAAAAUCAUUUUAUCAGAGCGGAAAAAUGUGCCAAUUGAAUUUCCUGUAAUUGACCGGAAACGAUUAUUACAACUCGUGAAAGAAAAUCAACUGCAGCUAGAUGAAAAUGAGCUUCCUCACGCAGUUCACUUCCUAAAUGAAUCAGGGGUCCUUCUUCAUUUUCAAGACCCAGCACUGCAGUUAAGUAACUUAUAUUUUGUGGAACCCAAGUGGCUUUGUAAAGUCAUGGCACAGAUUUUGACAGUGAAAGUGGAAGGCUGCCCAAAACACCCUAAAGGGAUUAUUUCACGUAAAGAUGUGGAAAAAUUUCUUUCAAAGAAAAAGAGAUUUCCAAAGAACUACAUGCAACAGUACUUUAAACUCCUAGAAAAAUUUCAGAUCGCCUUGCCAAUAGGAGAAGAAUAUUUGCUGGUUCCAAGCAGUCUGUCUGACCACAGGCCUGUGAUAGAGCUUCCCCACUGUGAGAACUCUGAAAUUAUCAUUCGACUGUACGAAAUGCCUUAUUUUCCGAUGGGAUUUUGGUCGAGAUUAAUCAAUCGAUUACUUGAAAUUUCACCUUACAUGCUUUCAGGCAGAGAACGAGCGCUUCGCCCAAACAGAAUGUACUGGCGACAAGGCAUCUACUUGAAUUGGUCUCCUGAAGCUUAUUGUCUGGUAGGAUCUGAAGUCUUAGAUAAUCAUCCAGAGAGUUUCCUAAAAAUUACAGUUCCUUCGUGUAGAAAAGGCUGUAUUCUCUUGGGCCAAGUUGUGGACCACAUUGAUUCUCUCAUGGAAGAAUGGUUUCCUGGGUUACUGGAGAUUGAUAUUUGCGGGGAAGGAGAAACUUUGUUGAAGAAAUGGGCAUUAUAUAGUUUUAAUGAUGAUGAAGAACAUCAGAAAAUCUUACUGGAUGACUUGAUGAAGAAAGCAGAGGAAGGAGACCUCCUCAUAAAUCCAGAUCAACCAAGGCUCACCAUUCCAAUAUCUCAGAUUGCUCCUGACUUGAUUUUGGCUGACCUGCCUAGAAAUAUUAUGUUGAAUAGUGAUGGACUGGAAUUUGAACAAGCUCCAGAAUUUCUCUUAGGUGAUGGCAGUUUUGGAUCAGUUUAUCGAGCAACCUAUGAAGGAGAAGAGGUGGCUGUGAAGAUUUUUAACAAGCACACAUCACUUAGACUGUUACGACAAGAGCUGGUAGUGCUUUGCCACCUCCACCACCCCAGCUUAAUAUCUUUGCUGGCGGCUGGGAUCCGUCCUCGGAUGCUGGUGAUGGAGCUGGCCUCCAAGGGCUCCCUGGAUCGCCUGCUUCAGCAGGACAAAGCCAGUCUCACGAGGACCCUGCAGCACAGGAUCGCACUCCAUGUAGCUGACGGCUUGAGAUACCUCCAUUCAGCCAUGAUUAUCUACCGUGAUUUGAAGCCCCACAACGUCCUGCUCUUCACCCUGUACCCCAAUGCUGCCAUCAUCGCCAAGAUCGCUGACUACGGGAUUGCCCAGUACUGCUGCAGAAUGGGGAUCAAGACAUCAGAGGGCACACCCGGGUUUCGUGCGCCCGAAGUUGCCAGAGGAAAUGUAAUUUAUAACCAACAGGCUGAUGUUUAUUCAUUUGGUUUACUACUGUAUGACAUUUUGACAACUGGAAGUAGAAUAGCAGAGGGUUUGAAAUUUCCAAAUGAGUUUGAUGAAUUGGCUAUACAAGGAAAGUUACCAGAUCCAGUUAAAGAAUAUGGUUGUGCCCCAUGGCCGAUGGUUGAGAAGUUAAUUAAAAGGUGCUUAAAAGAAAAUCCUCAAGAAAGACCUACUUCUGCCCAGGUCUUUGACAUUUUGAAUUCAGCUGAGUUAAUCUGUCUGAUGAGACAUAUAUCCAUACCUAGGAACUUUACUGUGGAGUGCAUGGUUCCUGCCAAUCAUAGCAGCAAGACUGCAAGCAUCUGGCUGGGCUGUGGGCACACAGACAGAGGCCAGCUCUCAUUUCUUGACUUAGCUACUGAAAGACUCACUUCUGAGGAAGUCACUGACAGUAGAAUACUGUGCCUCGCCUUGGUGCACCUGCCUGUUGAAAAGGAAAGCUGGAUUGUGUCUGGGACACAGUCUGGCGUGCUCCUUGUCAUUAAUGCCGAAGAUGGGAAGAAGAGACAUACCCUUGAAAAGAUGACCGAUUCCAUUACUUGCUUGCAUUGCAAUUCCAUUUCCAAGCAAAGCAAGCAAAAAAAUUUUCUUUUGGUGGGAACUGCUGAUGGAAACUUAGCGAUUUUUGAAGAUAAAAGUGUUAAGUGUAAAGGAGCUGCUCCUUUGAAGAUACUCAAUAUAGGAAAUAUCAGCACUCCAGUCAUGUGUUUGAGUGAAUCUGUGAAUUCAGUGGAAAAAAACAUUAUGUGGGGAGGAUGUGGCACAAAACUUUUCUCGUUUUCUGAUGAUUUCACCAUUCAGAAACUCAUUGAGACCAGGACAAAUUCACUGCUUUCUUACGCAGCCUUCAGUGAUUCGAACAUCAUCGCGGUGGCGGUGGACGCGGCUCUCUACGUUGCGAAGAAAAAUAGCCCGUUUGUGGAAGUGUGGGAUAAGAAGACUGAAAAACUUUGUGAACUGAUAGACUGUGUGCACUUUUUAAAGGAGGAAAUGGUGAAAGCAAACAAGGAGUCCAAACUCAAUAUGUCUUAUUUGGGGAGAGUGAAAACUCUGUGCCUGCAGAAGAACACUGCUCUCUGGAUCGGAACCGGAGGGGGCUGCGUGCUGCUCCUUGAUCUGUCAACUCGUCGACUUAUACGUAUAAUUCACGACUUCUGUGACUCUGUUAGAGUCAUGAUAACAGCGCAGUUAGGAAGCCUUAAAAAUGCCAUGUUUGUUUUGGGGUACACCCAGAAGAGUACUGAAGGCAUGCAACACCAAAAAGNCUUUUUUUUUUUUUUGUUAAAUGAAGGAAGCCUUAAAAAUGCCAUGUUUGUUUUGGGGUACACCCAGAAGAGUACUGAAGGCAUGCAACACCAAAAAGAUAUAAGGAAAAGAGAAACAGGUGACUUACUAGUUGGAGGUUCAUCCUUUGAUGACUCAAACAGAAGAAAGAGAUCUCAUUCGGCUCCAUUCGUUGACGCUGAAAAUGGUUCUCUAGGAAUGGCUAAACACAGGCGGAGACAACGUCGGGAUACUGAGAGUUUAGAGCUAGAGGACACCCCAGCAGAAGAGAAAACCAAUGCAGCAAGUGAUCCUGACAACAGUGCCUCUGGUGAUACGGAUUUUAGUGAAACUGAUUCAAAUCAGAAUGAAGUUGGUAAGGAUUCAUCUGGCCCAGGUGGAUCUGCUGAGAAUGCUGGCUCUAAUUCUGCUGCCAAUGAGACAGUUGUAACUGGGUCUUUUGGUUGGGGACCUGGAUCAAGGACAGGCAAUGCUGUAUUUAUUUUGGAGCUUCUGGUUCAAGUUCAUUUGGUGACAGUGGCCAUAAUAGCAAAGCAGUUGAAGGAAAUCAAGUGGUUGAUUGAUGAUACCAGUUGGAGAAGCGGUGGUACAUAUGUUGGUGAUAGCUCUGGAAACGAUAAAAUGACUAGCAGUAAAUCUGUUGGGGCUGAGUACAAAGACCCUGAUCUGAUGCCAGUAGCUCAGAGGGAAGGGCCUGGUUUUAUAACUUUGGAAAUGCAGAAAAGAAAGGCAAAAACUGAAUUUGGUCUUGGAGAUUCUGGUUCAAACAGUUUUGGUGACAAAGGCCAUAGUGGUACAGAGUUUGAUGGAAAUGAAGUCGUUGGCUCUGGAGACUCUAGUUUCAGUGCUCUAGGUGGCUCAAAUGCAAGCAAUGGAGCUGAAUCUGAAGAUUCAGGAUUCAGUUCAGGGUCACCUGAUCAACAGGAAUCUGGAGCCAGUGAAACUGGUGUCACAAGCUCAUCUGACCACAGUACCACUGCACCUUCCAGCACUCCAGAAAAAGGAUCCCAUAUUCCGGAAGCAACUCCAAAAUACUCAGAAACAAGUGCAGUUAUUGGUGAAGCUUCUACUUGGGACAAAGGAGCGUACAAAGCUUUCAACGGCCGCAUCUUUUCCUUCGAGUCACCGUGCACGUACACUUUCUGCCGACACUGCGUUGAACCUGGAGAUUUCAAUAUUGAGAUCAAACGAAACAAUGAUAAUGAGAUUGAAAAAAUAAUGGUUGUGAUUGACAAUAAUGACAUCUUUAUAUCUGGGGAUACCAUUUUAGUGAAUGAAGAAAGUGUACAGAUACCAUAUAACAAUAAGCUGAUUCACAUUAAAAAAUACGGAGAAUAUAAUGUCCUAAACAGCCGUAGAGGAAUCUUGUCUUUAAUGUGGGACAAAAAUAACAAACUCUCACUCACUCUUCACAAACAAUAUCCAACUUGCGGUCUCUGUGGUAAUUUCAACAACACUCCAGGAGAAGAUAUCAAUGAGCACAUUGCCAGUAGUAAAAUUCCUGGUAGUUGUCCUGAAGCUGUUAGUAAAACCUAUGAAACUUGUGAAGAUGGAGUACAGUACUGUAACAAAAUUAUUGGAACCUACUUUGAGAAAUGUGAAAAGGUUGCUGAUUUAUCUAGUGAUUACAAAAUGGUCUGCAUUGAUGAGUACUGCCAAAAUGGACAUAAAAAUUCGACAUGUGACACUUAUUCAGAAUUGUCCCGCCUUUGUGCCUCAGAUGGUCCCGGCACCUAUGAAUCCUGGCGAGACGAUCCUGAUGUGGUUUGCGAGAAACCUACAUGCCCAGAAAAACAAAUCUACCGGGAAUGCGGCCUCUCCAAUCCUGCGACUUGUUCUAAUGUGGCUCCUUUCCAGGACAAUGAGUGUGUGAGUGGCUGCUCCUGCCCAGAAGGUUAUCUAUUGGACGAUAUUGGAGAGAAAGGAAGAUGUGUAUUAAAGGCGGAAUGUCCCUGUGAGUCUAAUGGAAAAGUCUAUCUGUCAGGAGAAGUCCGAGAAGGUCCCUGUGAUUCUCAGUGCACAUGCCAGGAAGCCAAGUGGUCUUGCACUGAAGCUAUGUGUCCUGGGAGAUGUAAGGUGGAAGGAAGUUCAAUUACCACCUUUGAUGGGGAAAAAUAUAACCAUCCUGGAAACUGUCACUUUUUGGCUAUCCACGAUAAAGACUGGUCUGUCAGUGUGGAGCUCCGUCCAUGUCCAAAUGGUCUGUCAGGAACGUGCUUAAAAAGCGUCACACUCCUCUUCAAUUCGUCUGGUUCAGUUGACAAAUAUGUAUUCAAUAGCGAUGGAACAGUCACAAAUGACAAGAUUGGAAAUCAACAUUAUUACUAUUCAGGGCUCUGUGGUUCCUACAACAACAGAGCAGAGGAUGAUUUCAUGUCAAGUCAGAAUAUACUGGAGAAGUCAUCUCAGGCAUUUGCCGAUUCCUGGGAAAUGAUGUCCUGUCUUAAAGGAACGCCAGCUUCAUGCAUCAGUAUAGAAACAGAAAGGUUUGCUGAGAGGCACUGUAGUGUUCUUCUUGAUUCAAGUGGGCCUUUUGCUUCCUGCCAUCCAAUCGUGGACCCUAGACCAUAUCAUGAGGAAUGCAAAAAAUACACUUGCACUUGUGAAAAUGGUCAAGAUUGCCUGUGUACAAUUUUAGGCAACUAUGUGAAAACAUGUGCUGAGAAGGAAACGUACAUAGUGGAAUGGAGAACUGGACGAUGCGAUCACUCGUGUCCCAGUGGCCUAGUUUUCAAGUACAACGUAAAAGCCUGCAAUAGUUCUUGCAGAUCCUUGUCAGAGAGAGAUAGGAGCUGUGAUGUAGAAGAUGUUCCGGUUGAUGGAUGCACCUGCCCUGAUGAGAUGUACCAGAACAAUGAAGGAAAUUGUGUUUCAAAGUCUCAGUGUGACUGCUACAUGAAUGACGAGGUCAUAAAACCAGGCAAACUCAUCCAUAUUGACGACAAUAAAUGUGUCUGUCGGGAUGGAAUUCUUCUUUGCCAGACUCCUAUCGAUUUAACCCUACAGAAUUGCUCUGGAGGGGCUGAAUAUGUUGACUGCAGUGACCCCAAGGCACAGAGAAGAGUUGACAGCACAUGCAACACUCGGAACAUACCUAAUUUUGAGGAUUAUUGUGGUGGUGAAAAUGGCACAUUCCGUAUUUUAACUGAAAGCGUCCCAUGCUGUGAAGAUGGGCUCACGUGCUCAAGAAGAAUCAUAGUUGCUUUAGAGGAUCAGAAUGUUAUCUUGCAAGAUGGUAAAGUAACGGCCAUCAAAACGACAGACAGUAAGGAAUGUGGACUCGAUGGAAACGUAUACUCCGUGCAUACCGUUGGCCUCUACUUGAUUCUGAAAUUCGACACCGGCGUAACCUUGAUUUGGGACAAAAACACAAGAGUGUCUGUUAUAUUGGAGCCGCGCUGGAAUGUGGACCCCACCUCCUACUACGACGCGUGCAUCCAAGAGGCCUGCGCCUGCGACAUGGAGGGCAAGUACCUGGGCUUCUGCACGGCCGUGGCCAUGUACGCCGAGGCUUGCAGCGCCGUCGGGGUCUGCGUCCCCUGGAGAAAGCCCGACCUCUGCCCCGUCUACUGUGAUUAUUAUAACGCACCUGGGGAAUGCAGAUGGCAUUACGAGCCCUGUGGGACAGUGACUGCAAAAACAUGCAAAGAUCGGGUUAUUGGCCAGAAGUUUUCUGCACUUUUAGAAGCUAUUGCAUUGCGGGAGAGCUGGCGUGCACUGGUUCGACUACAACAGCUACCUCCAUUUCGAUCACCCAAGCAGGAAUUACAACAUCAAGCAGUGAAACAAGAG